AUGGGAUCUUCUCAGUCGUCCCUCAUCAUCACCGCCGCCGUCGCCAUCGUAGGACUCGGGCUCGCCUACGUGUUCCUCCGCCCUGCACCUCCUCCGCCUCCCUCUCUCAAGCGGGGUUCGAGCACCAUUGCACCUUCAGCAUCCAGCAAGAAAGGGAAGAAGAAGAAGAAGGCUUCUCCCGCUGCUGCCUCGUCCAGUGCUCCAGGAAAGGUUGAGGAGAAGCGCCUUCCCGGCGCUCUGGUUGAGGAUAGCGAAGCAACGAGCACCACUGUUCCCGACGAGCCAGCACCUACACCAGGCGCAGGGAAAAAGAAGAAGAAAUCGAAGUCCGCAUCUUCAUCCCAUGCCGCCGGUGCGCCGGUCACAUCUGGCGGAACGCGUGUUCCCCCUGUGCCACAGCGUACCGCAGGUCCCAGCACGAGUGCGGCUGACCCGGACGGCCCUUGGACGCGCGUGGAGACUCGUCGUUCUGCGCGCACCGCUAAUCAUGCCUCUGGAAUUGCUGGGAUUGCGGCAGGGACAGGCGGCUCGGAUCGCCAUGUGGAGGGGAGUAUUGGGGACAUUACGACGAGCGUGACUGAGGAAGACAGCGGGAUCGGAGAGGUGGGUGAAGCUGCAGAAGGAGAGGAGGGUGAGAGCGAGAAGGGGCCUUCUGGGGUGAUGAGGAGUACGGUGGAGAGGAUGCUUCCUCGACCGAGGAAGACGGCCGUGGAUGACAUGCUAGAAACACCUGCACAGUCCGUCUCACGCGUCAUGCGUGUCAAGCCGUCUGCCGAAGAACGUCCCGCUGCUGGAUUUUCCUGGGCAGACUACGAAGAUGUCGAGGACUCUGCUGGUGGAGCCGGGGCGGAAGAGGCGGACGACGAGGGAGAGUGGGGCAUUGUCAAGAGCCGAAACCGACGAGCGACUUCUCACAAUGGGUUUGCCAGUUCCUCCGGCUCCACACCCGCGUCUCGUCCAGCCAAGGCAAGCGAGACGCUGACCAAGAAGCAGCGACAGAACGCGCGGAAACGCGAAGCGGACAAGUCGCUUCGAUCGGACCAGGAGGCGGAACGGCUGGCGCUGCUUGCACGGCACAAGCGGGAGCUUGAGAACGAGCGCAUGAAGGAGCAGGCAAGAGGUUCUGGAGGCGCCAACAAGAAGCUCAGCGGGGGGAUGAGGGCGUCGGUCAAUGAAAAGGGCGCAUUGGUUUGGGAAUAG